CCGGCAGUGUGCUCACGCCGCUUCCAGUCGGAGAGUCAAAACCCGCCGCGGGAGCAAGUCCGCGCCCAGCGGGCGCGCGUGUUCAUUGGGAGGCCGGCGGCCUGGCGCUCGCAGAAGAAAAACGGAAGGCGCCGGCCUCUGGCCAACACGUUAAAAAUCCACGCGGGCCGCUGGAGGAAGGCCCUGCGCUACAGGCGCC